AACUCUUUUAUCUCUGCCUCAGUCUCGCUGUCUUAUGUUCUGUAUGAUUGUCUGCCUCCUGAUCCCAUUCUCCCAUCAUCCUUGCGUCUAUCUCUUCCCCAUUUCUUGCGCCUCUCCAGCCUUCCCUACAUCCUUGUCAUUUCCCAGCCUGUCUUCUCCAUUCUGUGCUAUCCCCUCCCUGUGUCUGCCUGGGCUCUCCUCCUCCUCCUUGUUCUAUCAUUCACCCUAUCUCUCUCUCCUCCCCUCCCAGUUCUCCUCUCCUGUAUUCCUCUCUCAUACACACAGUCCUGGAACUGAUGGAGAGAUGAGUACAGGGUAACUAGAGGAAAUCUGAGCGAGAAGGGGGUUACACCAAUGGUCCAGCAGAGCAGGAUGGCCAGGACCCCGUCCAGCUCAACACAGGAGAUCCAGAUGGACGUGUUAGAGGGGCACAGUCUGCAGGCUAAAUAUAAGAGAAAAAGUCGAUUCAAGCGCUCAGAUGGCAGCACCAGCUCAGACACCACCUCUAACAGCUUUGUGCGGCAGGGGUCAGCAGAGUCCUAUACUAGUCGUCCAUCCGAUUCAGAUGUGUCCCUUGAAGAAGAUAGGGAGGCUUUACGAAAAGAGGCAGAACGCCACGCUCUAGCACAACUGGAAAAAGCAAAGACCAAGCCCGUGGCUUUUGCAGUACGGACGAAUGUAGGAUAUAACCCCGCUCCAGGAGAUGAUGCUCCAGUGCAGGGGAUGUCCAUCAACUUUGAUCCCAAAGAUUUCCUUCACAUCAAGGAGAAAUAUAAUAAUGACUGGUGGAUCGGGCGAGCAGUGAGGGAGGGCUGUGAAGUUGGUUUCAUUCCCUCUCCUGUCAAGUUGGAACAUAUGAGAAUGCUCCAGGAACAGAAGAUGCGACAAAGCAGGCUUAGUACCAGUAAAUCCAUUGGGAAUUCGAACAGUCUGGGCGAUGUGGGUGGUGGUACCCGCAGACCAACCCCUCCAGCUACAGCCAAACAGAGGCAGAAGUCAACUGAGCACAUCCCUCCGUAUGAUGUGGUUCCAUCCAUGAGGCCUAUCAUCUUAGUUGGACCUUCUCUGAAAGGAUAUGAGGUCACAGAUAUGAUGCAGAAAGCUUUGUUUGACUUCUUGAAGCAUCGCUUUGACGGAAGGAUUUCCAUUACUCGGGUCACUGCUGACAUCUCUCUUGCCAAACGUUCCGUCCUGAACAAUCCCAGCAAGCACAACAUCAUGGAGAGGUCUAACACACGCUCUAGUCUCGCGGAGGUGCAGAGUGAGAUUGAGCGUAUAUUUGAGUUAGCUAGAACGCUACAGCUGGUGGCACUGGACGCUGACACAAUAAACCACCCAGCGCAGCUGGCCAAGACUUCCCUGGCACCAAUCAUUGUGUAUAUUAAGAUCACCUCUCCUAAAGUAUUACAUAGGCUAAUAAAAUCCAGAGGGAAGUCUCAAGCGAAGCAUUUAAAUGUACAGAUGGUGGCAGCAGAUAAACUGGCGCAGUGCCCUCCGGAAAUGUUUGACAUCAUUCUGGAUGAGAACCAACUAGAGGAUGCCUGUGAGCACCUGGCCGAAUACUUAGAAGCCUACUGGAAAGCAACUCACCCACCGAGCAUUAACCCACCCAAUCCUCUGCUCAACCGCACCCUUGCCACAGCAGCCCUGGCAUCCAGUCCUGCGCCCGUCUCCAAUCUCCAGGGCCCCUAUUUGGUUCAUGGAGAGCUGAGAUCAGAAGGAACCGAGCGAACAGGUGCGUACGAGGAGCAACUGCGGAGAGGUCAGACGGGCUCAAGAGUCCUUUCCCGACACGACACACUGGAGUCUGAGACGCAAGGCAGCCGGGACUCUGCAUACACAGAGCCAGGAGACUCCUGCAUGGACAUAGAGACAGACCCAUAUGAGGAUCCGGAGCCCAAAAGUCAUGGUGGGGAACAUGGGCGGCUCCAACGUCAGGGUUCCUGGGAAGAACUGGGUCCAGAUCAGGAGAACAUGCAGCAACGAAAGAGAAGGGAAUCUCCAAGACCUCAAGGAAAGGGGAGAGAGCAGUACUGGCAUGAAGGUGAAGGCAGGAACAGGGUUCAGCUGGACAGCUGGGGGAGAGAUGUGUGUAUUCGCUAAUGGAGACUCCCUGGACCCAGACCUGGAAUUAGAACGAGAGGACAUCAAAAACCUCCGGUAUACAUCAGGUCUGUAGUGUACAGCCUUCCUCCAAACAAACAGUGCUCCUUCCAGAACAUCGUUAAGAACACACGUUUCCUACAUUCCACAUAUUCAUGACCAUCCAUAAAGGUCUCACAGCUCAGCAAUGUAUAACCCAUAGUCCUCAUCUCCUAAGUCCCACAGCUCGUUUCCCUCUACUAUCAUCUCAGGACCCAAACUGCAGCCGGUGCACCCGGAAUAACACUGCCUUGGCUCUAAGCUCUCAUGGAUGCUGCAGUAGGAUAGGGCUACUGCCGCUGGGGUCUCAAGAGGAGAAUCACAUUGUAGCCUAUUGCUUGAUCCCAUACAUCAAUAUUGGAUCCCAUAUAUCAAUAUUGGAUCCCAUAUAUCAAUGUCAGUUUGCUGAAUCACUUUACACUUGGACAUAGGAUGACAUUGAUUGAAUUCAUGUAUCGUCUGGGUGGAAUUUAUGGAGUAUUUUCACCAAUGAUUUAAAAAAAGAAAAUGGUGUAUUAUCCUGAUCUAACAUUUCACAGGAAAAUCACAUAGCGAGGAUACAGAGGAAAGAAGCGCCAUGUAGCAAAACUAUAGUAUCCCUGUUACCAUAGUGACUAAAACAUCACUUUUAUUUGACAUAAUGUCCAAAGAAGUGAAACAAGGGCCAAGCCAGUUUAUACAGAAACUACUUCAACAUACAAUAGUUUCAACAUACAAUGGUCUUUUCUGGACCAUUGUAACUUGAAACCAGACUCAACAUACAAUGCUAUGGAAUGUGCGAAACGUGUCAAUGACUGGAAGAACCGACCAAUCAGAAUGGAUAUUUCACUGGUAAAAGCCGUGUAUUCCUAAAGUGCAUGCACUGACUGGUGUCUGGUAGCACCCCCUACAGUACAGGGAGGUAUUACAUGUUCUGUACUCUUUACCUGUACCAGGGUUAGCUGCUCCUUUGGACACCAGGUGAGGGCGGCUCCGUAUUCCUUUUUUUAGGACACUGUGUGUUCUGUACAGGACCCUGAAGAAGCUCCUGUCCUCUACAUAGACCAGUGUUUCCCAAAGAGGGUGCCUCCAGCUGUUGC